CUGCAGCCGACCCUGGGUGUGGUGGAGUACAGUGACAUGUGGCGGCUGACCAUUGCUGACCUGCCAAGACUCAUCGAGGGCGCCUGGGCCAACGUGGGGAUGGGGCACUGCUUCCUGCACCACGUGGAGUAGACACACUUCCUCCUCUUUGUGGUGGACGUCAACAGCUUCCGGCUGUCACCCAAACAGCCAUACCGUUCACCCACCGAGAAUGUCAUGCUGGUCAACAAGGAGUUGGAGCUGUAUUCGCCUGACCUGCUGAGUAAGCCAGCACUCCUUAUGGUGAAUAAGAUGGACUCUCCCAAUGCUGAGUCUCGCCUGCAGGAACUCCUUCACAACAUUAAGAGGAUGGAGGACUAUGUGUUGUGUUGCUCCUGUGGUGCCAAACUCACAGAGAACUCAUGGGAUAACUUUGUAAACAUCUCCAUUCCACUGUCUGAGGCAUCCCAGCUGGUGACCAUCCUGGGACACCCCCACCUCAUGGUCCAGACCCUCAGGAACCCUGCUGACCUUGCUUUUGACUUGGUGACUGUCAGGAGGUCAGGCUGCUCAGGAGUGGGAGAGGAUAUUUGAACCAGAAAGCAAAGCCAGCACAACCCACUUCAAAGCUUCCUUGGAGGGUUUCUAUGGACUCAUUCUAGAGAAACUGGUCACUGAGAAAUUGCAGUGUCCUAAACACAGAGGCAGUUAGUCUCGCUAUUGAAGCAGGCUGAAGAUAAACACUAGAGGCAACAAGAUUCAAUCUACUUUUACAUUUCAGACUCCUCAUUGGCCUUUCCAAGCACCAGCAGUAUUAGCACAAUGGCACAAGAUGGGGAGGACAUGGUGCCUCUCGACCCCGAGCUUCUGGCUGUGCUGGAGGAGGAAGCAGCCUCUCGCUAUACUGAGGAGGAUAACCAGUUUACAGAGCACUGCAAAAAGAGCCUGCCUAAGCCGCCAAUACUCCCUGCUGACAGAUUUGACCGCAACAGACAGUGCAGAGGCAACUUUAGGCAUCAAGACUACAGGAAGGAAGGAGGCUGCAGGGAUCAAGGGGAGUACAGAGGUCAUGGGAAUUAUAGGGAUCGUGGGAAUUACAGGGAUCACAGGAGGGAAUAUUCUGACCACAGGCAAGGGAGGUUUGUCAGUGACCACAGAGAUCAUGAUGACAGCAGAAGGGAUAGCGAGAAGAGGAAGUACAGGUCUGAGAAGGAGAGUGAUGAGUAUGGAAGAAGGAAUUACCAGUCCAGCAAAUACUACAAUGGGUGGGGGGGGGGUCAUCCUGUUGAGUUUUGUGAAUCCAGUGGCUGGUAUAUUUAUCUUUCAUCAGGGACUUCACACAAGCUUCCACGCCAUUAAUUCUUUGACCAUUACCAAAAGGUUACUGACAUUUAAUUCACAUUUAAAUGCCUGCCUGCCUGUCUGUUCAUAUCUUUCUCUCACAACGUACUCACCAUUCACUUGUGAACAUUUAGAUUUUUAGGAAAUAUUUUUGAGCAAGUUCCUUCAUCACAAGGCAACCAUCUACUAAAAAGAAAGAAAAAUGGAAUAUAUGUUGGCAUUUCCUUGAUUGCUUUUGGUGUUAAUGUGUGACUUUCCAGAGUGACAAUACAAGUGUUAUCCCCACUACAAGUCAUGCACUAUAUAUAACAUCACUGAGUAUCUUUUCUCUCAUUUUCAUAUAAAUGUUUGUAACAUUUUCAUAUAAAUGUAUGCUAACUUUUAUGUGGACUUACUGUAAGAUUUUUUAAAAGUAAAGUAUUUUUCCAA